UCUUUUACUGCGUACCGUUAUUCACUCCGCACUCAGCAGUCGCGAUUCGUACGUCUCGAAAUAAACACCGCAACAGCAUAAAAUUUCAAUGGCGUCGGACGCUUCGCAUGAAACUAGAGAAGAUAUACCUUUAAAGUCUGGGGGACGUCAAAAAAGCUGGAAUUGCAGCAGUUGUUUCUCGGGCGAUGAUUGUCUAGGCGGGUCGCGGCUUGUAAGCACCUCAUUUGGUGUGCUUAGUGUUGUAAUUACCUUUGCGUUGUUAUUACAAAUCUAUUACGGCGAUUAUCAGGUUGUGCCGCACGGUAGCGUGGCGAGCGACAGUCGGGAAUGUUCGGAAAUUGGUACAGCUACCCUGAAAAAAGGUGGAAAUGCUGCUGACGCCGCCAUUGCGACGGCUUUCUGUUUGGCUGUGGUUAAUCCACAUUUUACCGGACUAGAUGCCGAAGGGCAGUUUAUGAUUUACAACCAUCGUACACGUGACCCACCACAGGUGAUAACAUUCCGACGCAAUGUAAACACAAAAAUCGCUGAAAUUCUACCUCGACUUGUGAUUGGUUUGUCAUAUAUCCAUCAGCAACAUGCGUCGAUGACCUGGCGGCAACUACUCGAGCCCGCCAUCUUGUUAGCGCAGCGCGGGUUUUUCAUACCGAAAAGUUUAGCGUUGGCGAUUGAUACAGCGAAUGUCCAGUCACUCUACGGCCAUCUUGAAGCCGGGCAAUUCGCGAAAAUCACACCGAAACUCGCGGAAACUUUGCAGAGCUACGCAGACAUCGCCGAAGAGGAUUUAAGAAGUUAUAUUACACUAGAAAACACCCCGACCUCAUCGACAGCGCUGUGCAGUAAAUUAAAUGAGUUUAAUAUCUGCGUACCCAAUGCGCCAUCUAUCGGACCGGAACUGUUAAUGAAUAUGCAGCGCAUCGGUCAGAAUAACUUUACCAAAAUGGCGGCGGUGCAAGACGCUGAGUAUUACUAUCAUAUCGGCGAAACAACCAAAUUACUCUAUGAAGACUUGAACAUCACGAGUAAUUAUCACGAAGGCACAUCGUCCAACAUCGCAGUUAUUGAUAAAGAUGAUAACUACGUUUCGUUAGUCACGGGAAUGUUUCAACUAUUUGGGUCGCGUGAAUUAAACCCUGCUGGAUACAUUACCGACGUCAAAACUUCGGUUAACAUCGCGUGUAGUCGUGUACCAAUCAUCGUCACCGAUGCCGAAGUUGUUUGUGGACGCAGACUCAUCCUCGGCGCAAAUAAUAUCGCUACAGCAAGCCAAGUCCUCUCCGGGCUGCUUAUCGCCGGUAAUAAUGUGACUACCGGCGUGGAAAUACCCAGAUUCAACUUGUUUAACGACGGCUCUGUUGGUUUUGAAGAUGAUCAUAAUCCGUCGUUUCCGGAUGAAGUCGUCGGCCAUUUUGAAAAGUUAGGCCGCCAGGUGCACAUCAAAGAACCGUACGGCAGCUGCAAUGUUGUCGAGAAGAUGGCGGACACACUCAGCUCACAUUCGGACAGUCGCGGUGGUGGUAUUUCUAGUCGUUUCCGCUAAACCAAAACUAGUAAGACUUAUUUUUGCAUUUAAAGCAAUAUAUUUAUAUAUUGUUUUGGACCCUAUAAUAUAAUAAAUAUAUACUUUUGUUGUUAAUGUAAUAAUAAAACGAAAAAAUCGAACCACGCGAUUGAUUUGCAACAGAAUAAAAUAAAUAAAAACCUAAUACUUAGGCUAGCGCUAAGGAAAACAUGGCUGCUGAUCGCGAAAUAAUCAAACAAACUAACUAUUCAUAUACAUACAAUACGUGUACAUAAAUAUAUCGUAUAAGUGACUUGAAAAAAAAAUGGCACGGGCCUUCAAACUGAACAUAUUUGCUAACAUGGACGCGCAAACCCUGACUAAACACACGGGAAUGUUUCUUGUUUGUGAGUAUGUGAAUGUGUAUGUGAACUAAGUACAUGUGUACAUGUUACCGUGUUAGUUGUGCGUUUUGAGAGAGCUACAACUGGCGGAAUCCUUCAGCAAACCCGGCUGAUAGCGCGAAUCGAGCGAGUGCGGUGCGCUAUCACGACGCGUUGGUGUAGGAUUUACGUGUGAGAUGAACGUAGGCUGCGGGAAACCGGCGAAAUCUUUCUUGUUCGCCACUUCUUUGAUGGAUGUCAAUGUUUUUGACAGCCAUGGACCCCAGGUGCGCUUCGAAGAGUUUAAUUCGUUCUCGGUCGAGCGCAGUUGAUGUGUCAAAUCCUAAAUGACAGAAAUUAACAGAGGGAUUGUAGAUAGGUUAGGCAACCAACCUGAUUUUUACACUCGGCUUCAACCUGCGCAAGUUUCGCCCGCGCCAGUUGAAACUCCAGCUCUCUCACUCUCUCUGUAGGCACGUUAUCGCCAUCGCCUUCUUCUGACAUGCACUUACCAUUGAUAUACUUUGCGCAUGCGUCGCACUUACUAACUUGUGACUAAACAAAACAUAUUAAUAUUUAUUUUGAAUUGAAUUUUGAUUUAAAUACUUUUAGUAAAUCCAAUUCGGCGGUGACAGCACUAAGUUGACUAUCCAAUCGAUGUCGAAUCAGCUUGUAAUCAGCAAUACUGGCGGCGUUCUCUCGCUGCACACUCUCUGCCUGCUCGACUUCUCGCUUAAACAUCUCUUUGAGUUGACAGAUCUCGUCCAGCAUCAUCUUGCGCUCGUCGUCCUGCCGCGUGACAACCAAUCGCAGCUGCUCCACUUCGCUCGCCUGCGUCUCCAUGCUAUCUGCCUCUGAAUCCAAUAUGAUAUUUUCCCAGCUGUCUACAUAGUGUGAUACACUCAUUGUGCAACACGACAAGUAAGAAUGAUCUAGUCUAAAGUGUAGCAAAGAAAUAUUCAUGCUUCACAUGCAAUUGCAGGUUACAAAGAAACAGGCUUGAGUUGAGGUUAUGUUAUAAAGUAAACUAAAUAGGAAAUACCUUUAAGUGCGAUAAACUCCGCUUCGUACUUCUUUAACUUUUUGACUUUCAAAGCGCAUGCGUAUUUAAUCAACUCCUUUGCGAACUGCUCGGUACGAAUCUUUUUCGGCAAGGAAACACGGAAAUAUUUCAAUAUUCCUUCAAAGUCCAACGAAACUAAAUCCUUUUUUGACAUCUAAAUAAAACAUAAUUAUUUUUUUCAAUAA